GUCAGUCAGUCAUGUCAUGCAAUUGUUGAAAACAACAUGCAAUCCAACAAUGUGGUCCGAACGAAAUUCCGUAUCGAAAUGGCUUGUAUUCAGUGAUAACAAAACAUGAAUUACAGUUGUAAAGUCAUAGUUGAAAAAAUAUCUAUUGCUUCUUUUACGAUAGUGAUUUACUUGUUUAAAGAUAAUCAAUCGUUUGAUUGAUAGUGAUCCUUGGGUCUGGUCUUAACUCAAUACCACCCAAAUGGUACCUGAACACUUGGAACAGCACAUAUUUGUAGUAAAUUACAUACCAAACCAUUGCAUGUAAUAUGCCUGCAAAUUUAUGUUUAUCAUGUUGAAACACAGAACGGGAUAAUAUUGUUUAACUUUAUAUUGUGGUUCAAAAUGGAUUCCAAAUAUGCAGUUGUUGGUGGACAAGGCAUGUUUGGUAACACCAAUAAAAGAAAAGCUCCAUGCAAUUCAGUGAAAGUGAAGAAGAUAAAAUUGGCACCUGAAAAUACAUCGAAAGGAAAUGACUUUGCAUUACCAUUACAUAUAAGUAAACAAUCUAAUCAUAGUUUACCCUGUGAAUCAAGCAAUUUAGGUAAUAUAAUGGAAGCAAGAAAAAAGUUGCCAGUGUAUACUGUUAAACACAGACUUUUAGAAGAAAUAAAGAAAAACCACACAAUGAUAAUACUUGGAGAGACAGGUAGUGGGAAGACCACACAGAUACCUCAGUUGAUUCAUGAGCAGCGCCUUGAAGGAGGAGGAGCCAUAGCCGUGACACAGCCUCGCAGAGUGGCUGCCAUCACUAUUGCCAUCAGAGUGGCUACUGAGAUGAAUACAGAAAUCGGCAGUAUUGUUGGAUAUUCUGUGAGGUUUGAAGAUGUUACAAGUCCAAGAACUAAAGUUAAAUAUCUUACAGAUGGAAUGUUACUAAGAGAAGCAAUUAUAGAUCCCUUACUUAAGAAAUAUUCUGUAAUUAUAUUGGAUGAAGCACAUGAGCGAACUGUCAGUACUGAUGUGCUGUUUGGUGUUGUAAAGUUGGCGCAGAAAGAGAGAGAUAAACAUAAAAAUUAUCCCUUGAAGAUAAUUAUAAUGUCAGCAACCAUGGAUGUGGAUACAUUUAAGAAAUAUUAUGAUAAUUGCCCAGUAAUAUACUUGGAAGGAAGAACUUAUCCAGUAACCAUAUAUCAUUCUAAAAUGAAGCAAGAAGAUUAUCAGUAUGCGACUGUUUGCACAAUAUUCCAGCUCCAUGCUACAACACCACCAAAUCAUGACUUUCUGGUGUUUCUAACUGGGCAGGAAGAAAUUGAGACUGUUAUGUAUAAUAUCAAACAGAUAGCAAAGGAAGCACCGGGGCCUCCCAUUAUGGUCUGUCCAUUGUACGCAGGUCUCCCGGCGUCGAAGCAGUUGCAGGUGUGGAGAAACACUCCCCAAGGCAUGAGGAAAAUUGUGCUAGCAACAAACAUAGCUGAAGCUUCUGUUACGAUCCCAAAUGUUAAAUGUGUCAUUGACAGUGGAAUGGUUAAAGAAAGGACGUGGUGUACUCGGACGGGCGCGGAGCGGCUGCGCGUGGUGCCGUGCGCGCGCGCAGCCGCGUGGCAGCGAGCGGGCCGCGCGGGCCGCACGCAGCCCGGCGCCGCCUACCGCCUCUACACCAGCGCAGACUUCGCCGCGCGCGCCCCGCAUCACACGCCGGAGAUCCUCAGGUGUCCAUUGGCGCCCACUAUACUCUUAUUGAUAGCAGCAGGAAUAGAACCGAGUAAUUUCCCAUUGAUAGAAGCACCUCCGGCUGAAUCUAUCACUGCUUCUCUGAGCUUGUUGAAGGAAUUAGGAGCUAUUGAUAAUGAAUCUAAUCCGAAGUUGACGAUAAUCGGUAAAAAAAUGUCAGCCUUCCCGAUCGAUCCUAAAUAUUCAAAGGUGUUGUUAUCAGCGCCCGAGUAUAACUGCUUAGAAGAGAUAUUAAGUUUAGUAGCAGUGUUGUCGAGUGAAAAUAUCUUUCAUACACCAAUGCACAAAAGGGAAGAAGCCAUAAAGGUGAAACAGAAGUUUAUAUCGCCCCUAGGCGAUCAUAUCACCCUGUUGAAUGUUUAUAAGGCGUUUUGUAAGGCGCCAUUGAAGAAGCAAUGGUGUAAAGAAAAUUAUCUUAAUCACAAGAAUUUGUCAUACGCGAGUGAAGUGCGGCACCAGCUUUUAACAAUUUGCCAGAACUUGAAGUUGCAAGUGACCAGCUGCGGUUCUGCCGUGGAUCAGGUGUUGAAAUGCAUGUUGAGCGGUCUAUUCACGAACUGCGCGUGGUCGCGGGGCGGAGGCGGAGGCGGCGGCGGGGGGCGCUACGUGACGGCGGGCGGCAGCGCUGCGGCGCUGCACCCGUCGUCGGCGCUGCACAGCACGCGGCCCGCGCCCGCCGCGGUGCUGUACUCGGAGCUGCUGCACACGGGCCGCCGCUACCUGCUCACGGCCUCCGCCAUACAGCCGCAGUGGCUGGCCCGCGUUGCGCCGCACUACGCCAGCCGCUGCCGGGACUACCGGUGACACCUCUCAUAUGUGAUGACACAUAUCACACGCACGACUAACAAAUCACAUGAGAUGAAUUGAUUAAGUUUUAAUGUCACGUUUUUAAAAAGAGGAAUAAACUCUGGCCGUCUUACUUACUGCAAAUAGUAGAUUACACAACAAGAUUAAUGUUGCUCUACUUUUCACUUCGAUUACGGGGAAAUUAAUAACAAUAUUACCUAUAGAUAUACAACUAUUGUUGGCCAAUUAAAUUUCAGGCCACUUAUCAAUUUAAUUUCAGCAGAUUAGACGAAGAUUUUACUUUUUUGUUCUAGAGCUAAUUAUGUUAUUUUAGGCGGCGUACGAGAUCAUAAUGUCAAACUUUACAACACGAGAAGUGAAAAUAUGUAUGUCUGCUAUUGGCUGUUGCAUCCAGUGUGGUUAGUCGUGCGUGAAUUUUUAUAGUAGAAUAAAUAUAAUUAACUUGUUUAAGAAUAAUGUUCAUACGUCUGGUAUUACUCUGGUUGUGCAUUAUUUGGACUGUUGUAAUUAGUAACGUUACCUUCGCGCGGCAAACUCGCGGCAUGUUCAAAGACACAGGAAACGACCCUACCUCACUGUAUCACAGAAUAAAUGUAGCGUUGUCGUAUCUGUGAUACAAAUGCUUCAGUCAUUUUACAUUUGCUAGAUACUCUAGACCUAACUCGCAUUUUUAUCGUAAUAAAAUUUUAAGUACAUAAUAAUCAUAUCUGCUUCCAGCUAGGAUAGGCAGAGUCAUGGAUUUCCAUUUGUUAUUGAAUAUAAUCAAUUCUUCAAUUUUGAUGUGGUCUUAAUUUAAAUGUUUUUUUUUUGUCGUAGAUCAUGAACCAUAUGUAUAUACAUUUUCAAGCUUUUUAAUCUGUAUAAUUACUAUAAGUAAAAAAUCGUGAAAAUUUGUAAUAUUGCUUUUCCGUAAGUACCAUGCCAGGUUCACUGGUUCUCGUUAUUUGAGACAAAGCGACGCGAAGCGACACGAAAAUGUCAAAUGUACGGACGAAUGUCUGUGAUACAGAUAUAUUCGUUCAUAUGUCAUGCGUCGGGAUCCCCCUUUUGAUUCACAAAUCUUGCUUGUGACAGAAAUAAACGAUCCAAGACGGGAUUUGUUUCAUCUCUUUCGCACGUAUCUAUUGCUGAGACGGGGAGAAUCCCGUGCGUGCGUCCGUUCUGGGCAGCGAACACUAAGAUAAAAAUGUAUGUUCUGCUCUGUAUAUACUUAUUUCUAGAACACUUGUCAAUUAAACUCCAACAAAUUUUAUAAUUUUAAUUGAAUAGCUUAACAAUCAUUUGUACAUAAUUGUUCAAAGUUAUUGUCCGGUUUUGUAGUUGAAUAUAUUGUUAAGUAUAUUUGUUAUUUUAAAUUUUAAAUUGAAAUGUUACGCAUAAGUUACGAUACAUUUUAUUAGCAUUUAAAUAGGGUCCUUGUUAUAAUAACUUUUUAAUUAUUAACCUAAAUAUAAUAUAGUAUGAAUGUCAGACUUAUUCUUUGGCACGGACAAUAUGUGUGCACGACGUGGUGCAUAAUCUUGUAAUUUUUAAGAAAUUUUUACUUAAGACGUCCAAAACAUAAAGGUUAUUUAUAUCCUUACAUAUUAUAACACAAAGUCCUGUACCGCGUCUCUCUGUCCGUCUGUCUGUUCACGAUAAACUCAAAAACUACUGCACGGAUUUUCAUGCGGUUUUCACCAAUUUAUUAUAUCUUUACCCGAGCGAAGCCGGGACGGGCCACUAGUAAAAUGUAUAUUUUAUUAUAUUAGAAGUUUAGGUCUAAUUGUGUUUUCACCUGUUAUUUAACUAACCAACUAAAGAACAGAAUUCUUUGUAACCCGUACUUCCUUACUAAUAUUAUAAAAAGCGGCCCAGUGCGAGUAGGACUCGCCCAUCUUGUCAGUUAAGAAAAAAAUGAUAUUAGAAAUCUCAAUAUCAUUUUUGAAGACCUAUCCAUAGAUAUCCCAUACGUAUGGGAUUGUUAAAAAAACUUUUGAGUUUCAAUUCUAAGUAUGGGGAACCCCAAAUUUAUUGUAUUAUUUUCUAUUUAUGUGUAAAAUCUUAAUGCGGUUCACAGAAUACAUCUACUUACCAAGUUUCCACAGUUUAGCUUUUAUAGUUUCGGAAAAAAGUGGCUGUGACAUACGGACGGACAGACAGACAGACAUGACGAACUUAUAAGGGUUUCGUUUUUGCCAUUGGGUUACGGAACCCUAAAAAUGUGAAAGCCUGUCGUCACGCGUUCAUUGCAAAAUGAACUGAUUUUGAUGAAAAUUUAAAUAGAUAUUGUUAAUGAACUGAGGCUAAAUAUACCGCAGGUGGAGGUGCGCGCUAAACACUGCAUUUCUAAGUUGUAAUUUAUAUUUUUCAUAGCUGCUUGCUAGUUCGAGACGUCAAGCAACUCCAAAAGCAUAUAUCGUAUUUUAUUGUUUUUUUAAUGUAACUUUACGAGCAAGUCUUCAGGCUUCAAUAUAGUAUUGAAGCCUGAAGACUUGCUCGUAAAGUUACAUUUUUUAUAAUAUUAAGUUUUUGUACAUUACUUCAAUUAGCUGUGGUCGUAAACUGGCUGAAGUAGACAAAAUACAGUACGGUUUGAACUUUAGAGUAAAAAAGAGUCUAAGCGUGAGCACAGCUCUCCUGUGCGAAUUUAUAAAAAAUGUUUGUGUUAUUAUCUUUAUACGUGUUUCCUUCCAACUUCAAGCAAAAUCUUUUGUAAUUUUGAUACGGUACGGCAAAAAAUUUGCAUAGCAGAAUUUCAUUAUUUUAUUAGAGUUAUGUUGAUUAAGCCCUGCGGAAUUUCGGCACAAAAAGUACCCUAUGUGUUAUUCCAGGUUAUAUUCUACCCGUGUACCAAAUUUCAUAAUAAUCGGUCCAGUAGAUUUUGCGUGAAAGAGUAACAUUCAUACAUAUACACAUCCUCACAACUUUCGCAUUUAUAAUAUUAGUAAGUACUUAGAAUUAGUAGGAUUCCUUAUUGUUCUUAUGUAUGUUCAAGUUCAUUGUAAAAUCUCCACUAUUACCACGGCAUAAAUCCAUGCAGGGUAACUCGGCUUGCGGUCGAUUGUACAGAAUCAAAUUAUGUAAUUUGUUAAAUACCUAAUAUGUAAUUAUAAUAAAUAAAACGAAGUGCCAAGAA